UGCACAAUGAGCCAGAGGGAGCCAUGGCACAAACCAGCAAUGGUGUUUUUGGUGUGGUGAAGACGAUCCUGCAAAGCGCAGCAGCUGGUUUUGCUUUUGGCGAAGCUGCAUUAUUUGCAGUUGACCCCACACUGACUGAAGACGGCGUCCUGCUGACUGCUGCAACUCUGGCUGCUGGACGAGCCGGCUCCACGGGUGUCGGCGUAGUAACAGCAUGCCUCGUGUUCACCUCGGUGCUCUUCUCUCUGGGAAGUGGUUUCCUCCUCGCUGCCCUGAUGAUGAAGCUGUGCAUCAAAGUUGGAGCGAGGCUGCAGUGGUUAGUGGAGGCUGCGACGGGAGCCUCUGUGGUGGCAGGUGCUGUCACUACUGGAGUGUUAGCGGGAAUCCUUCCACCGUGGAUCUACAUUGCAGCCCAAGGCAUUCUAGUCCUUGUAGUCUACUCAUACUCCAACAUUAACGACAUGACCACCGCCCUUUUAAUCAUCUUCACCACGCUCUACCUCAGUGUCAUGUACGGGAGAAUGGGCGUUAUGGUUGGACUUUUCGUCAUGGGAGUGACCAUCUCUGUGCUUUGCGCCCUUCGAAAGGCUCUGACAGAGAGGUUGACACAAAGACCAAAAACUGAGUGCAAACUUUUAGAGCGGAUAUUCUUUUACUCUGUUUUGGUGGGGAUACUGGGAUUUGUAGUAGGUUUAGGAGCAGGUGAAGCAGGAGAAGGUUCAGAAGCGGAGGUGAUAUUGAUGCUGCAGUCGGUCCUCUGGGUGGCGUUUCUGUCUGCAGGGCUGCUAGGAGCCGGUCUGGGAACAGUGGCCACAGUUGGAUUGGGGCCAGAAGUGGCUGCAAAGGUCUCUGUGGGAGCUGCUAUAUUAUCAUCACUUGCCCUGAGAGCCAUUCUGCAGUCGAGCUCCGCUCUAGGGCCCCGAAGCAGCAUGGGGGGGACAUUAGGAGCAGCCACAGCUGCAGGGGUGUCCCUCGGAGCUGCAAGUGUUGCAACAAAACAGGCAUUCGGGUCUAGAAAUUCAGCCUUAGCACUUAUAAGUUCAGUUGUUUGUGGUGCAAUUUUGGCAGUUCGGGGUGUCGCACUGAAAGCAACUCUGCCCACAACAUCAGAACUUAUUACAAUCACCCUUGUUGCAGCGGGGGCAUUUGUUCUGGGUGCACCAAAGAGCCCGUUCCACACUCAGGUGAAUCUUCGGAGGGGCCUUCUCACGGGGCCAGAGCUAAUUAAAGGAAUCGGCAUGGAGACCGUCACCGCAGCAGCAGCACCUAUCGGAGCCGGCGCACUGGGGGCAGCGGCGCUGGGCACCGCAGCUCUGGGGAGACUGGGGACUGUGGGAGUUCUGGUGGCUGUAUUGUUGGCUUUGGGAAGUGCUCUUAGUGGUAUGAUAGGAAAAUCAGCACAGACAACAAACGCACACAGAGACUAAUGAAGCCUGGCUGCGAGAGUCUGAACACAAGGCCGAACACUAAAGAACAGUGAAUGUGUGUGCAUAUACAUGUAUGUGUAUGUGGGUGUGAC